GACUAACCGAUAUCGACCGGCAAUUCUGCUUAAUCGCUCUUUCACAUGAAAAAACCUUUUUUUGUUUCAUACAAACUUUGUCAUUGUGCUUUUUCUUCAAAUCUACAUUAUGCUUUUCAGAAAUCAACUCGUACUUAUACAUCUGCAUCUGAAUUUAAACCAAGUACAUUUUUUAGAACAACUUCACCUGUUCUUUUAGAGAAUCAGGAGCUAAAUAAUACUCGUCAUGUUCUUGAGAAAGCUUUAAAUCCAAAUAAAAAGAACGAAUUUCUCAUUAAAUGCACAGAAUUUGAUGCAACGGGUUGUGUAAGGGUUGUAUCAGGUGAAUUUAAAAAAAUAGAUCUUUGUCUUAAGGUAAGAAUGUUAAAAAAUUGAUUAAAAAGCGAAAAUGUGAGAAAAAAAAGCUAAAAGAGAUUGUAUUAAGUUGAAUAUAUACUAAAACAAGUGUUUAGCAUGGAUUAAUGCCUCGUGAUCUAAGAAAGAUCGAUACAGGUGCUCAAUCACUUAUACCAUCUAUUUUAGUACGCAAAAAUUCUAUUCUUGUUAAUUUGUUACAUAUUCGAGCGCUUCUUAAAGCAGAUUCAGUGCUAUUAUUUAACGCAUAUGGGAGCACUGAUACGCAUACGCAGAGUGUAUUUAUGUAUGAUUUAGAAGGUAAACUUCGUCAAGGAAGUAAAGCAAUAGGUGGAUUACCAUAUGAAUUUAGAGCGUUAGAAGCUAUUUUAAUUAGUGUUUCUACUGCAUUAGAUGAAGAAAUGAAAUUUUUGAAUUCUUUAGUAAAAGAUGUAUUAUUACGACUUGAAGAAGAUGUCAAUCAUCAGCAUAUCAAAAAUUUACUUACAUAUUCAAAAAAAGUAACAGUUUUUGAACAAAAGGUAACGUUAAUACGAAAUACAUUAAAUGAGAUUUUGGAUCAAGAUGAGGAUUUAGCAGCUAUGUAUCUUACAGAAAAAUAUCAAGGAAAAACACGUCCACUUGAUCAACAUGAUGAAAUAGAACUACUUCUUGAAUCAUAUUUAAAACAGACAGAUGAAAUUGUUCAAUCUGUGAAUAAUUUGGUUUCUAAUAUUAAAAACACUGAAGAAAUUGUAAAUAUUAUUCUUGAUACAAACCGAAAUGCAUUGAUGCAGAUGGAGCUAAAGAUAUCCGUAUUAACACUUGCUACUAGCUCGGGUGCCAUUGUUACUGGAUUAUUAGGUAUGAAUUUAAAAAAUUUCAUGGAGCAUUGGUCAUACGCAUUUCCCAUGAUAUCCUCUCUUGCGCUUGCUGUAGCUACAAUCGUUGGAACUCUUGGUUUAAAAAAAAUUAAAAAAAUUCAAAAACUUUCUUUAUGGGGAAAAGAACAAACGUUCAUUAAAUAUAGAGAAUAGCAUAUUAUAUUUGCAUUUUAUCAUCAUAUUAAGCCUACAUUUUAU